AUGUGGCGACUUCUACUGGUCGUUGCGUCCGCAGAGAUCCAGUUGCCUGUGGUGGACCUGGAAAAGAGUAAUUGGAAAGAACGCGCCGUGGAAGUCUUGCAGACCAAUGCAUCGUUUCUGCUGGUGAACCAUGGUCUGGGCAACAGCUCCAGUGGUCUCUGGAGCAAGGCCCUGAGUGCCUCGCGGCAGCUCUUCGCCUUGCCGGAGGAAUCCAAAGCGGAGGUGGCCGCAGGACCACCGACUGCAGAUGCACCUGUAGUCCGUGGCUACUUUGGCGUUGGUGCUGAGUCUGGGACACGUGCAAGUCGCUUUGAGUGCAAGGAGGGCAUCAGCCUCGCGGCCGGCGAGCGCUCUGUACGGCUGGCGCCCAAUCGACUUCCGAAAGACUUGCCGCCAGAGCAGCUGUCCCCACUGGAGACGAUGCCGGCACAGCUGCGUUUGUUGGCACUGCGCCUGGCUGAUGGUAUAGCAGACGUGGCGCAGCAGAGGAAGAUUUUGAUUCCGGAGGAUGCUGCUUUCCUGGCGGGUGGUGGAGAUGGUUUGGAAGCCUUCCGGGUGUUCCACUACUUGCCGACAGCGGACAGGUGUGCGGGUCGAGCACCAUCCACAGCAGAGCUGCUGUGGAGCUCAGACCACACAGAUUGGGGUUCUCUGACAAUUAUCGCCCAAGACAGUAGUGAUGGUGGCAUCGAGAUCUUUCAAGAUGGUGAAUAUCACCGUGUGAGAUCGCAAGAGGGGGCCCUCAUUGUGAAUGGUGGAGACUAUUUGGAGCUGGUUUCUCAUGGUGUCUUACCAUCUCCGCUGCAUCGGGUGCGGGAGUCCACCCCGACUUCUGGGCGAAGCUCGCUGGUCUACUUCCACUACCCAGUGGGUUCAUCACCCCUGCGGCCCAGCGAUGUGAAGAAGGCACAGGAGCGUCGAAGCGUGGCGCCAAAGCCAAAGGGACUGGUCUUCAACACAUUGACCGAUGGCUUGGAGACCCUGGAUGAGGUUAUUACCUACAAGAAGCAUUUGCAACGAAAAUGGAUGGGAGUUCGGGCCACCGGCCCAAAGACAGAGCUGUGA